UCUCCUCCUUCUUCACUCUCAAUUCUCCUUCCAAAGCUACUUCUCUCUCUCUCUCUCUCUCUCUCUUCCUCUCUGCUUCGCGGAGUUUCACUCCAUUGACGACGCCUAGCGAUUCAAUUUCACCGAGCUUUGUAAAGCUGACUCCACCUACUUGCGAGCAGAAUCCAAGUCUAUAAAGGACUCGAGAUUGUUGCCUUUGAGCAAUGGGGAUCAUCGAGAAGAUCAAAGAGAUUGAAGCCGAGAUGGCUCGGACACAGAAGAAUAAGGCCACAGAGUAUCAUCUUGGUCAGCUCAAGGCGAAGAUAGCAAAGCUAAGGACACAGUUACUGGAGCCUCCAAAAGGUUCUAGUGGAGCUGGAGAGGGUUUUGAAGUUACGAAAUAUGGGCAUGGGCGUGUGGCCCUAAUAGGAUUUCCAAGUGUGGGGAAGUCAACACUUUUAACCAUGUUAACUGGCACACAUUCAGAAGCUGCAUCUUAUGAGUUCACAACACUUACUUGCAUUCCUGGAAUCGUACAUUACAACGAUACUAAAAUUCAGUUGUUGGACCUUCCUGGAAUUAUAGAAGGUGCUUCUGAAGGCAAGGGACGUGGUCGGCAGGUUAUUGCUGUUGCGAAGUCUUCCGACAUCGUAUUGAUGGUUCUUGAUGCCUCCAAAAGUGAGGGCCAUCGGCAAAUACUGACGAAGGAGCUGGAGGCUGUGGGUUUGCGUUUGAACAAGAAGCCACCUCAAAUUUAUUUUAAGAAGAAAAAAACUGGCGGCAUUUCAUUCAACAGCACUAUGCCUCUAACUCAUGUGGACGAGAAGCUCUGUUAUCAGAUUCUACAUGAAUACAAAAUUCAUAACGCGGAGGUGCUCUUUCGUGAGGAUGCUACUGUGGAUGAUCUCAUAGAUGUCAUUGAAGGAAACCGAAAAUACAUGAAGUGCAUAUAUGUUUACAACAAAAUAGACGUGAUUGGUAUUGAUGACGUGGACAGGUUGGCCCGGCAGCCAAAUUCCGUUGUUAUUAGCUGCAAUCUGAAGCUCAACUUUGACCGACUACUUUCAAAGAUUUGGGAAGAGAUGGGGCUCGUUAGAAUUUACACAAAGCCACAAGGCCAACAACCAGAUUUUACUGAUCCCGUAGUUCUUUCCACAGAUAGAGGAGGCUGCUCGGUUGAGGACUUCUGCAACCACAUUCACAGGAGUUUGGUGAAGGAUGUGAAGUAUGUUCUGGCAUGGGGUACUAGUGCAAGACACUAUCCACAGCACUGUGGUCUCGGUCAUGUUCUCCAAGAUGAGGAUGUUGUUCAGAUUGUCAAGAAAAAGGAAAGGGAAGAUGGAGGAAGAGGAAGAUUUAAGUCGCACUCAAAUGCUCCUUCUCGAAUAUCUGAUAGAGAGAAGAAAGCUCCUUUGAAGACAUAAUUUUGCGAAGCAAGGGAUCCAACAGGAUAUUGAGGUGGGAAUUAUCAGUCACCAGGCAAUUUUGAUCACGUAUUGAACUCCUGUAGCAACUUGAGGUGGUGCUCGAUAGUUCUGCUUAUAUUCGCGAGAAACCACAUUGGUGGAUCAUGAAUCGAUGAAGGAUGUGAUCUCUCUGAGUUGAUUGAAUAACUUGGAAGCACGAACUCUCUCCGAUAUUCAGUCAUUGGUGAUGUCCUCACUCUACUUUAAUUAGUGAAAUAGUCCAGGCUUCUUGUACGGUAUCGUGAUGGGGACAAGAUUAAGAUGGAUCUUUGAAGACAUAAGCUCAUUGUUUAGUGCUUUUAA